AUGAUUCAACCGUCUCUUGGGAAAGCCAUGGAUCGACAGGUGGCCUUACUUUUAGUGUCGUUUUCUCUCUUGUUUCUUAAUCAACCGACCAUGUCUUUGCUACCAAAACAGUGCGAUGACAUAUGCGGAAGUCCUCACAUCCCAUUUCCAUUUCAUUUAAACGCUUCUUGCCCUUCGAUUUUCACAGUUAUCCGUCUUUCGUGUUUGAAUUCCACUACCCUUUACCUCCGUAUCGGCACUGAAACCUAUCGAGUUCUCGAUUUUUUAUCCGACGGUGUACUCGUGAACUUCCCCAGAACCACCAGUUUUCGUCAGUACAAUGACUUGAACAGCUUUGGUUUUACAAAAAACGACUACUUUGGUAUCUCCAACGACAACGUCAUAGGUCUAUAUGAUUUUGAGGACUCUUCUUUGUGUAAAGCGGGUUGUGAAACAAAAGACUUGCCCGGUUAUGAUGGAAACUACGGUGGAUCUCUUACAUGCUGUUAUCCACUUUCCAAUCACAACAUUUGGCAUUUCGGUGAUGGGUUCUCUAGCUUUUCAAAGUUCAGGUGCCGAGGAUUUUCAUCAUUGCUAGUUGCUCGGGGUUCAAACACCGGUAAACGUGGGGUUAAGUUGGAGUGGGUGAUUCCUAGAAACUCAUCCGAUAGAGUUCGUGCUAAUGAUGCAGAUAUGGUGAAUGUCAUUGCAGUUUAA